AUCAGACACUAGGUCUAUUUAGGCAGCUUCAACAAGUAGUUGGAACGUUACUUAUUAUAUUUGUUAUUGAUUCUCCAUCAUAUCUAUACCUUUAGCUAAACUUCAGGAGCUCGAGAGACAAGGUACUGUGGGAAAAUGUCUGUCGAAUGUCCCAAGCCAAGCGUCUUUGCGUUCCCGCUCAAGCCUAAGGAAUAUGCGCCGGCGCCUUUGCCGUCUCUCGAAGAAUGGAAGAAGCUAUGGGCGGCGUGGGAUCUCGUGACCACCAAGAUGAUCCCUGCCAGUGCCUUGAUGGAGAGGCUGAUUCCCCUCCGUAAUCCCCUCCUGUUCUAUCUGGGUCACAUUCCAGCAUUUGAAGAUAUACACUUGACGCGGGCCACCGAUGGCAAUCCGACUGAGCCAGCUAUUUUUCAUGAUUUCUUCCAAAGAGGCAUAGAUCCCGAUGUGGAUGACCCGACCAAAUGUCAUGAUCACAGCCAACUGCCAGAGUCAUGGCCUACACUUGAGGAGAUCCUUGACUACCGGGAGAGAGUCAAUAAAAGAAUUACUGCGCUGUACAACGAUCCCGACACAAUGAGCAACCGAACCAUCAUGCGUGCACUCUGGAUCGGGUUCGAGCAUGAAGGACUCCAUCUCGAAACCUUCUUGUACUUGACCGUACAAAGCCCAUCUGUCUUGCCCCCACCUGGACCGACACCCGAUUUUGAGGCAAUGGCAAAGAAAGCCUUCUCUGAACGCGUGGAAAACCGAUGGUUUGGGAUUCCCAAUCAGACAUUUACAAUUGGCUUCGAUGAUCCAGAGAGUGAUGAAGGGCCGAACCGAUUUUUUGCAUGGGACAACGAACGCGAGCCCUACUCGGUCACAGUGCCAGAAUUCGAAGCGCAGGCGCGCCCAGUGUGCAACGAGGAGUAUGCCAGAUAUCUGUUCACUACUGGCAAGAGAACGGUUCCCAUUACCUGGACUCAAAACCCGAGUGUAUCGCGGACAGCAUCUGGGAACGCGACCGUCAACCAACUAAUGACCAACAGAGGCGAUGAUGGUUUCGCACAAUUCAUCGACAGUCAGGCCAUCAAGACAGUAUAUGGUCCUGUGCCUUUGGCAUUGGCGCUUGACUGGCCUCUCAUGGCUUCAUACAAUGAGGUUGAAGGGUACGCCGAAUGGGUCAAAGCGCGUAUUCCUACUUUGCAUGAGGUGCGAAGCAUUCAUGAGUAUGUCGAGAAGCAGAAAGUGAAGCGCAAUCCCCCUUGCGACGACAGUAGCCCAAGACUGCAACCUGAUCCCGAGGAGAUCUUUGUAGAUUUGACUGGCUGUAAUGCUGGCUUGCAGCAUUUUCACCCCGUCGCCGUCACUCAAAAUGGCAAUCGGAUCUCUGGCUUGGGGGAUAUGGGUGGGGCCUGGGAGUGGACUAGCUCGGUGUUUGCCCCGCAGCCCAAUUUCAAGCCCAUGGACAUUUAUCCUGGCUACAGUGCGGACUUCAUGCACGGGAAGCACAAGGCCGUCGUGGGUGGGUCCUGGGCCACCCACCCGCGGAUUACAGGACGCAAGUGUUUCUUAAACUGGUGGCAAAUGAAUUAUCUCUAUCCUUGGGUUGCUGUUCGUCUUGUGCGCGACACAGUAAAGGCUAGAUGAACAGGGUGAAGACCGAGAUUAUACGAUUAGCAUGCCCUACUAGAGUGGUUUUGGAUAUGAACUAAGCACAAUGCUUCCCCUCGCUUGAUCAAAUGUUCGUUCCAGCAGUUCUUGCUCGUAGCCUCUUUGGCGAUUAACGCUGAUUUGGGUGCCAAAAGUGCGUCUUUCUAGCAUCUGUUGUGAUCCUCUUAGAGCGUUGGUCUGUAUGCAUUCUAUUGGCCGGUGCUGGUAGUGGCUGGUGGUGCGUAGCCCUAACAUCUUUAGAGGCUAGCUAGACAUGGGGCUUCCUCUGUAGUGCCAGGCGCCUUAAAGGCUUGGUCGAGUUUUCAGAGGUGUUGUCCGGUACGGUCACCGAAAAGGCUGCGACACAGCGCUAUUAUUUGCUUGCUUACUAUCGGU